AUGGAAGGACAGGUGGUCAUAGUCUACUUGUGGGUCUUAGUCUUUAUGGUUACCAUCAACCCUACGCCGACCAGAUGUGCAUAUUAUUCAGUUGCCAAGCCACUUCAACCCCUUAAACCAAACCUGGUUCAGCUCAACUUCUACGUCCGAGAGAAUUUGACCGGCUUAAACCGUACUGCAGUUGUGGUAGCUCACGGCCCUAAGUCCCAGCAAAGAUCCGACACCGCAGUGCUGUCGUUCGGCACCCUACUCGUCGUCGAUGAUCCCAUUACAGAGACUCCGAAUGGGAAACCCAUCGGGAGCGCGCGCGGCUACUACGCCGCAACUAGCCUCAAAUCCGAGGAGUUGACGCUUGUAAUGACCCUUGUUUUCUCUUUUACCACUGGUCUUUAUAACGGGAGCUCCCUCUCUGUACUUGGGGUCAGUCAUCCGCUGAGUAAUAACCGUUCAAUGUCUGUGGUGGGAGGGACAGGGCUGCUUUUUCUGGCUGGUGGGCCUGUGGCUAUCACAACGAUUACCCGGAAUACCACUACUUUCGAUGCGAUUCUUAAACUUAAAGUUAAUGUGAUUUACUAUGACAAACCUUCUUCUAUAACUAGUUAG